AUGUCGGUAGAAGAAUUGGGCAAAAGAGUCGAUGAGCUUACAGAGCUCGUGAGAAAGCAAAGUGAGGUGAUUGCCAAAACUGGUAAACAAAUGAUGGAGUACCAGGUCAAGGACGUCAAGUCCAGAAUGGCGGCUUUGAACACGGAUCAGAACCAGCAGAAGAUCGAUACGGAUGAGUUUGCCACGAAUGACGAUUUGGUUCAGUUGGUGACCGAGUUGCAAAGCCAGCUUGACUACUUGGAAGACCGUAAUGUCAAGAGAGUGUACAAUUCACAUAUUGCUGAGGAUGCUGACGCUUCUACUAGAAUUGCUCCAUUGACCAGUAAGGAUGGAGAGCAUCCUCCUGAUUUCUAUCCAAAGACUAUUGGAGAGUUUAAGAAGAUCGAUGCUGCUUCGCUCUUGCAAUUGUGUGAGUUCUUUGAGCUUAUUGUUGAAAACAACAACCCUGAAGACGUGGCCGAGCUUUUGAAGCUGGAAACGCUCAGCAAGGAAGAGGCCGAGAAGCUCUUUAACCCUCAGCCAAAGUCUCUCGAGGAGAAGUUGAAGGGCUUGAAGAAGGAAGACGAGGUCGAGUUGUUUGACGAGUUGGCCCGUUUCAUCGGUGUUCGUAGAGUUAUUCGUAACCAGAGAAAGGGUGCUGGCUCCAUCUUCACCGCUCACACCAGAUUGAGAAAGGGUGCAGCCAAGUUGAGAACCUUGGACUACGCCGAACGUCACGGUUACAUUCGUGGUGUUGUCAAGCAGAUCAUCCACGACUCCGGUAGAGGUGCUCCUUUGGCCAAGGUCGUCUUCAGAGACCCAUACAGAUACAAGUUGAGAGAGGAGACUUUCGUCGCCAACGAGGGUCUUUACACUGGUCAGUUCGUCUACUGUGGUAAGAAGGCUUCCUUGAACGUCGGUAACGUCUUGCCUUUGGGCUCUUGUCCUGAGGGUACCAUUGUCUCCAACGUCGAAGAGAAGGUUGGUGACAGAGGUGCUUUGGGUAGAACCUCUGGUAACUACGUUAUCAUUAUCGGACACAACCACGACGAGGGUAAGACCAGAGUCAAGUUGCCAUCCGGUGCCAAGAAGAUCAUCAACUCUGACGCCAGAGGUGUCAUUGGUGUUGUUGCCGGUGGUGGUAGAAUCGACAAGCCAUUGUUGAAGGCCGGUAGAGCUUUCCACAAGUACAAGGCCAAGAGAAACUCCUGGCCAAGAACUAGAGGUGUGGCCAUGAACCCAGUUGAUCACCCUCACGGUGGUGGUAACCACCAGCAUAUUGGUAAGGCUUCUACCAUCUCUAGAGGUGCUGUUCCAGGUCAGAAGGCUGGUUUGAUUGCCGCCAGAAGAACUGGUUUGUUGAGAGGUACCCAGAAGACUCAGGACUAA